AUGUCCAGAAAAAUGCAUGCGCGAUGGAACGAUUUCGAUAAACAACGAAUGGCAAAUACAAUGAAAAACAAAAAACCCUCAAACGUGGAUGAAUACGACGUGGCAAAUCCCAACGUGGCGAGUAAUAACAAGUCGAUAAACAGCGAUUUAUACCAAGCGGUGUUUCCGAUCUAUCACAUCAGCAAACUGACCGGAGUAUUUCCAAUGAGAUUUGUGCGACAGAUGUCUGGCAGGUAUCAAGGACGAUUGAGCAUCGUCGAUAGCAUUUACAGUCUGCUCCUAUUGGCAAUCCUGAUAGGCACCGAGAUUUGGGGGUUUUGGCGCGAUCUCCGAUGUGGCUCGGAACACAGCACCCGACUUAAGACGAAGAACACAGUGAUUACCACCUUGAUCGACCUGUUGGGUGUGUCGAGUCUCACAGCCGCCUCCAUCAUCGGUUCAAUUCUGUGCUGGCAGCACGUGCAGAUUGUCAUCGAUAAACUGGUUGAGUGCGACGAGAAGAUGAAAAUCGUAUCGCCGAAGAAGCUGCAGAGAGUCACCAUCAUACUGACGUUGGUCUGCCUCUCCUAUACUAUCAUUCUUUCCUGUCUCGAUUUCUACACAUGGAUAUACGAAGUGAGACGGCAUAAAAAGCAGGACAACAUGGGUCCACUCAAUUAUCUUCCCCUGUACUUUAUGUACAUCGUUAUCGUUAUGAUGGAGCUCCAAUACGCCAUCAUCGUGUACAACGUGGGUCAUCGAUUCUUCAGGAUCAACACGAGCCUCGAAUACAUCCUUAAAAGUAGCAAGAUUACGAAUCAAUUCAGGAAGGAUCUUGGAUUAGCCGGUGACCUGCGAGAUCAAGGACAACUCAUUACGUAUGUCCAACAAAAAAUGAUGGGAAAUACUCGACUGUUUCGUAAAUCGAAGAUCAUGGAUUCCACUGGCGCAAAUGAUAAUAGAAGUUUCAUGGACAAAAUAUCCCGACUGUUGGCAGUACACUCAUCUCUAUGUGACACAAUCUCGCAUAUAAAUAACGCUUAUGGCGUCGUUAUACUCUUAAUUACAAUUACCUGUGUAACACAUCUAGUCAUUACGCCGUCCUUUUUAAUAAUAGAAGGUGACAGAUGGUGCGAACCUUUAUUCUUCGCAGUACAAGGAUUGUGGUGCGUCUUUCACACUUGGAAGCUGCUCGUGGUCGUGCAGCCCACAUAUGCCACUACAAUGCAGGGAAAGAAAACAGCAGUAUUGGUAAGCCAAUUGCUGUCAGCGAAUCAUGAUAGGGAAGGCACGAAACAACUAGAAAUCUUUUCACUUCAGCUUCUGCACCGCCCAUUAGAAUUUUCAGCGUGCGGACUCUUUACCCUAGAUCGUAGUCUAGUAACUUCGAUUGCUGGCGCAGUCACAACGUAUCUCGUAAUACUGAUGCAGUUUCAACAAGCUGACGACACAAAGGGCAGUUUCGACAACAUAUUGAAGAAUGCUACGCAAAUGUUGAAGAACGUGACGACUCUUCACAAUAUUACAGCGGGAAGGUUAGGUCUAUAAAUUAGGACAAACUGUGCUUCUCUUCCACUGAUCUCAAUUUUUUUUAUGUUUUCGAAUCUAUAAUAAAGCUUUUUAAAAUUUAGUAUACCCACAUAUUUAUUUGAAAAAUUUAGUUGCCCACAUAUUUAUUUGAAAAAUGUCCACGAUCGAAAGAGUCAAAUCGAGAUGAAUGCAAUGCAGAAAGAUGCAGAUUUCAAAUGUGAUAUAUCAGAGUUUUAAAAAAAUGAUAAAAUCUACACAGCGCACACGAAAUUCAUAAUUAAUAGGUAUACGUUUUGUGCGAACAAAUUCUUUAACUUAAGCCUAACAUUUUAAUACAAUGUUGUGUGAACGUUUUAUCGUUAUAGAUAUGUGUCUAAUGAUAAGGGAGGGAUCAAUGUAGGAUAAAAUAUGGGUCUUGGAUGUGAACCGAUCGAUAUCAGAUGCAUGCGAUAAUAACAUUUAAUAUCCUAAUUCUCAUAUAUACAACGGUGAUAUAAGAAAUACGAUCUCGUUUGUUUCGCUCGAUCGCUAAUUAACGAAUGAUCACUGUCAUCGUGAUCGUGGACUAAAGUUUUAUAAAUUUGUUUUUUACGUACCUACUUGCCCUGUGUAUAAGUUUUCAAAAAGUGGAUGCGUGAGUAGCUUCUAAUAUACAUAGUACUA